AUGAGUGACGAGCGUAUCUACCCCGCGUGGGUUUAUUGCACCCAUGGCUUCUGGUAUCAGGGGUAUUGGUGCUGUCGGGAUGAACAGUGCCAAUAUCGAUACGAGCCGGUGGCCGCAGAGACCGCAGACCCCUCUCGAACGUAUGAUACUGCAGGCCACGACGGAUAUGGCUUGGCCGCGGGGUCUGGUGCUGAUGGAGAGAACGGUUUGGGUGACGGGACCUUCGGGUAUGGAGGAGCCACUGCCUAUGAUGGAUGGCGAGGCAACCAUCAACCUGGCAGCCAGCAAGGCCAAGAUGCGUACCAGUAUGGUGCCCAACAGUACGACAACUACCAGCACGACGACUACCAGCAGGAGUAUCACUGGUAUAACAACCAGGACGACGGCCAGCAAAGCGGUUACCAGGAGGACGUUGGUCGGGGCGACUAUCGUUACCCGCCGAACGCCCAGCAACCAGUCCCUCCGUCAGAUGCAGCUACCACGGGGAGUGGGUCAAGUGCUUCCCAGACACACUCGGCCCCGGACGACGGCGCUAGCAUGGUCGGGAAUGCUGACGAAGAUACCGAAGACAGGACCUGGUCGUAUCUCCAGGAAGACAACAGGGACGAUCAAGAUGUCGACGAGGUCAUGAACUUGUUUCCCGAGUGUCCUGUUGGCGACAUUCACUACCCACGCAAGUUGUCGAUCGGAAGCGAGUCAGAGUCCGGUGUCGAUCAGUCCAACAUCGAGGAGAAGCCAGACCUAGGACCUCGAUGA